CAGGAGCUUGAGCGAGCUUUCAUUUGUUAUCAGCUGCUCCUUGCUCUUGCAGAGCGCAAACAGUGUGAUGUUUCUUGGUUGCGGUCCUGUUUAGUUGAUUUUCUGUUACUGUCACGAUGGUGGAUGCUCCGUCAAACGAUAUAUUGACUCAAUAUAGGUCUAUAUCCAACAAGUUGAAAAAGAGAUUUUUACGGAAGCCUAAUGUCCAAGAAGCCAGUGAACAAUAUGGUUCUUUGGCUAUGCAGUGUGAGUCGCAGCAGUUAUUGCCCUACGCUGGUCUUUGCUGGCAGGCUGUGGCACGCUGUGAAAACGAACUGGGACAUUCCAAUGGAGAGAUUUCAGCCUUGGUUAGAGGCGGGCGAUUGUUCUUACAGUCAGAACGAAAAGGAGCCAGCAUAGGUUGUCAAAGUGCUGGCGGUGAAAAUGUACAGGCCGCCCUUUGCUGCUUCUCUCGAGCGGGGCAGCGCGCGCAGUUCCAAGGGCCCUUGGGCGUUCCUGCGGCUGCCGGGCUGGCGCUGCAGGUCGCCACGGCGCUGCGGCUGGAGCUGGACAGGCCCGAGGCGGCGCGCAGCCACUACGCCAGGGCGGCCGAGCUGAUGCGCUCCAGCCCCAUGGCCUACAUGCACUGCCUGGAGAACAUCGCCAGCGACAGGGUCAGCGACGGCGACUACGACGGCGCCCUGGCUGUUGUGGACGAGAUGGUCUCGGUGGCCCAGGGAGCGCCGCAGCCGACGGUGGGCUGCUUCCGCGACCUCCUGCACAGGUGCGAGGUGACGCAGGUGCUGCUGUUGCUGCUGCUCCAGCCGACGCCGCAGCGACUUCCCGCCCGGCUGGCACACCUGCUCGAAAGAUACACCUGGGGCGAGCACGCCGACGGUGCAGACGAGCUGGUGAGCGAGGAGCUGUUCCUGCUGCUGCAGUCUCUGGUGAUGGCCAUCCAGUCGCAGGACAUGCCCGCCCUGCGCACCCUGGAGGCCGACCUGUGGCGCCACCUCUCGUCGGAGCAGCGCACCCUGCUGCGGUCAUUGGCGCGCUCCGUCUGCCGAACAGUGUGAAGCCGCAAGACUGAUUUGCAUCUCCUGCUGGUCCGGGAGUGGAUUGAGGGGCUCCGUGUCAAAAUAAAUAGAGUCAUUUAUUUAAAAUAAAUUAUUAUAAAUACAAAUAAAUAGAAUAAAUAAUUUUUUUCUU